CAAACCUCGAAAUAAAAGAAGAGAAGAAAGAGUUCAUUUGUAAUGAACCUAAUUGCAAGAGAGUAUUUCCAACAAGUCGAGGAUUUAAUGUACACAAAAGAGUACAUUAUAUUGUAUGUGGUGAAGCAGGAUGUGGUAAAAAGGUUACAAACAAAAUGGGCUUACAGAGACACAUGAGAAUCCACAACAACGUGAAAAAAGUAAUUAACGUAAAAAAAGGAAUUUAUAACAUGGAAAGACCAAGGCCGUAUAAAUGUGAUUGGCCAGGUUGUGGAAGUAGGUUUGAAAAGCGAUAUACUUUAAAAAUGCACAUGAGAACUCAUACUGGUGAAAAACCAUACGAUUGUAAUUGGCCCAAUUGUGGAAAGAAAUUUUCGCAAUUGUAUAAUCUAAAAUGCCACGAAAGGACACACACAGGAGAAAAGCCGUACCAAUGUAAUUGGGAGCAAUGUGGAAAGAGAUUUUCUCAAAAACAUACCUUAACUGUUCAUAUGAGAAUUCAUACUGGCGAGAAACCUUACGAUUGUAAUUGGUCUGACUGCGAAAAGAAAUUUGCGCGUUUGUACAGUUUAAAAUGUCAUAUGAGAACUCACACUGGAGAAAGACCUUAUAAAUGUGAUUGGGUGCAUUGUAAUAAAAUGUUUUCCCAAUUAUAUACAUUAAAAUGCCACAAGAGGACUCAUUCAGGAGAAAAGUUAUAUAGCUGUAAAUGGUUAGGUUGCGGAAAACAAUUUUCCCACCUAAGUAAUUGUAAAGUUCAUUAUAGACUUCAUACUGGUGAAAAGCCGUACAAAUGCACUAUAAAGAACUGCAGUAAAAGAUUUUCCCGAGUGGAUUUAUGCAAAUCGCACAUAAAGACUCACUGUUUGUGAAAAUGUUUUUAUAUUUAUUACUUUUUGGCGUUUAUUAAUAAUUUUCGCAACUAUAAAGAAUUAAUUUAAUUUUAAAUUAAAUUGUUCAACUUAAAUAGAUUUGUCUUUUAAUUCCUAGAUAUUAUCGCGAGUAGAUUAUGUUUGUUGUGGGUUUACAAUCACAUUUACAAAUAAUAAAGAUAAAUUAAUCUUAAAUAUUU